AUGAAGUGCACUGGAAACCAUCCUCCUCAGAUUCCACAACAGUCAUAUCAGCCUGGUGAAAUCCUGAUUGGUGGAAUUGUGUCUCAUACUGGUUGUGUUUCGCAAAAGCUUGAAUUUAGGCAGCAUCCCUGCCAGGUUGAUAAAUGUUAUCCGAUCCUGAAAACAAAGUUCUACCAGCAUGUCCUGGCCUUGGUGUUUGCCAUCUUUGAGAUCAAUGAGGACCCCACCAUCUUGCCCAACAUUACUCUUGGGUUCCACAUCCAUGACUCCACAGUAGAUCCAAAAUGGAUUUACAGACCCACCCUGGACCUGCUCUUCACCGCAGCUGAACUUGUCCCAAACUACAAAUGUGGCUACCAGAAAAAAAUGGCUGGCAUAAUUGGGGGCUAUAGUUCUGAAACCACAUCAGACAUGGCGACUCUCUUAAGUCUUUACAAGAUCCCACAGCUGUCAUUUGGCUCCUUUGAAUCGGAUGUGGAUGUCCCAACCAGUCGGUCAUCUUUUUACCGCAUGUUCCCCAAGGAAGCCCUUCAGUAUGAGGGGAUUGUCCACUUACUUCUGCAUUUCAGGUGGAGAUGGGUUGGGCUCAUCACUCUGGAUGACGAAAGGGGAGAUCGUUUCUUCCAGACUUUGGAGCCGAUGCUUUCCAGGAAUGGAAUCUGUGCAGCCUUCACAGAAAAGGCUACAGGACAGGUCCCCUGGGAUGACAUAUCCUUUCUGAACAAAUAUCUAUACAAUAGUAAUGCAAAGUUCUUGGACAGCGAAGCAAAUGCAAUUGUCGUCUAUGGAGGAACUGGAGCAUUUCUUUGGAUAACGAUCGUUAUCUUAAUGCCCACGAUGGUGAUGAAUCUCACAGGGGCUGACUACGGGGAGAGGACCUUUACAGGAAAAGUGUGGAUUACAACCGCCCAGAUGGAUUUUGCACUCACUCCUUUUCAAAAGGCGUUUGAUAUAGAGAUAUUCCAUGGUGCUCUUUCCUUCUCAAUUCAUUCCAAGCCCAUCCGAGGCUUCCAUAGAUUUCUUCAACUUCUAAAACCUUCCCAGGCAAAGGGGGAUGGCUUCAUCAAGGACUUCUGGGAGCAAGUGUUCGACUGUGCAUUCCCAGGUUCUGUUAACCCAGAACACUCUGGUAAGACAUGCACCGAAGAGGAGAAGCUGGAGACUGUCCCGGCACCUUUUUUUGAAAUGAAGAUGACCAGCCACAGCUACGGUAUAUAUAAUGCCGUCUAUGCCCUUGCGCACGCCCUACACAUCUUGGGCUCAUCUAGAAUCAACCACAGAGCAAUGGAGACUGGAGGCAGCUUGGCUUCUUUGGAUGUGCCACCUUGGAAGCUCCACACCCUUCUUCAGAGACUUGCUUUCAACAACAGCGCUGGAGAUGAAGUGGCCUUCAAUGAACAUGGAGAAUUGAAAGGUGGAUUCGAUAUUACCAACAUGAUCGCUUUUCCAAAUAAGUCCUAUGUCAGAGUCAAGAUCGGGAGGCUGGAUCCUCAGGUUCCCCGUAGUCAACGAGUGAUAAUUGAUCAGGAUGAGAUUAAGUGGAAUAGGCACCUUCCACAGGUGCCUCCUUCCUCCCUGUGUAAUGAGAACUGCAAACUUGGUUACAGCAAGAGAAAGAAGGAAGGGGAGAAGUUCUGCUGCUACGAUUGUGAUCUGUGUCCAGAAGGGAAAAUGUCAGACAAAGAAGCUCUGGUGAUUCUGUCCUUUAUAAAAUACCGGGACACUCCCAUCGUUAAAGCCAACAAUCGGACCCUCACCUACAUUCUGCUUGUCUCCAUUUUCCUUUCUUUCCUCUGCUCCUUGCUCUUCAUCGAGCAGCCUGACAAGGUGACCUGCCUCCUCCGACAAGUGACUUUUGCCAUCAUCUUCUCCGUUGCUGUUUCUUCUGUUCUGGCAAAAACCGUGACUGUCAUUGUGGUGUUUAUGGCAUCCAAGCCAGGAAACCUUUUUCAGAAAUGGGUGGGGAAAGAAUUGGCACAUUGUAUUGUUAUUUCUUGCUCCUUUGUUCAAGUUUCCAUUUGUGCUGUUUGGCUUGGUUCUUUUCCGCCCUUCCCAGAUAUCGACAAGCAUUCACUGAGUAGAGAAGUCAUCAUGCAUUGCAAUGAAGGGUCAGUCACCAUGUUGUACUGUGCCUUGGGUUACAUUGGAUUCCUUGCCACCAUCUGCUUCAUUGUAGCGUUCAUAGCCAGAAAGUUGCCUGACAGUUUCAACGAAGCCAAGUUCAUCACCUUCAGCAUGCUGGUCUUUUGCAGUGUUUGGCUGUCCUUUGUCCCCAGCUACCUGAGCACAAAAGGAAAAGAUACGGUGGCCGUGGAGAUCUUCUCCAUCUUAGCUUCCAGUGCUGGCUUGCUAGGCUGUAUCUUUUUGCCCAAAUGCUAUGUCAUUCUUCUGAGACCUGAGUUGAACACAAGAGAGCUGCUGAUACGGAAAAAACACUAA